GAUAGCUCAGUACGCAUGUGCCACUAGAGUCUGUCGAUUUGUCACUAAAAUUAUAAAUGUAUCGCGUGUUCCUCUUGCAAUCUGUUACCGCGAAGUGGAGUGAACUGAUUGACGUGAGUGACAGAAGUUUUGGUUCCUCGCUCGUGGAGCCAUGGCUGACAAACGGGACAGUCGUGAGAUGAUGACAAUAUUGUUCCUGUGCAUAUUGUGGUAUAUUGUGUCCGGUAGUAAUAAUGUUAUCGGAAAAAUGGUACUCUCAGAGUUCCCUUAUCCAAUGACAGUUACGAUGGUUCAGCUAACCUCAAUCACCAUCUAUUCUGGACCUUUCUUUAAUCUCUGGGGUGUCCGGAGGUAUGCGUCUGAUAUACCUUGGGGCUAUUACUUUCGGCUAAUCGUACCACUUGCCCUGGGAAAAUUUCUUGCCAAUGUAUUUAGCCACGUCAGCAUAUGGAAGGUUCCUGUAUCUUAUGCUCAUACUGUGAAGGCUACAAUGCCCUUCUUCACAGUGGUCCUGUCUAGAGUUAUAUUGAAAGAAAAACAAACAUGGAAAGUUUAUAUGAGUCUUUUACCAAUUAUCGGAGGAGUAGCAAUUGCUACAUUGACAGAACUCAGUUUUGAUAUGAUAGGACUGAUUAGUGCACUGAUUGCCACAAUGGGUUUCUCUCUUCAAAAUAUAUUUUCAAAAAAGGUGCUGCAUGAUACUGGAAUUCAUCAUUUGAGACUAUUACAUGUUCUGGGAAAGUUAGCCCUGUAUAUGUUUUUGCCAGUAUGGUUAAUAUACGAUUUGCGACAUUUAUUGUACGAUCCAGUCAUUGGAGGUCCUGUUACUAUUAGCUACAAAGUUUUUGCACUCUUAUUUAUAGAUGGUAUGCUGAACUGGCUUCAGAAUAUCAUUGCUUUUUCUGUAUUAUCAAUUGUUACCCCAUUAACUUAUGCAGUAGCAAGUGCUAGUAAACGAAUAUUUGUUAUUGCUGUGAGCCUCUUUGUAUUAGGGAAUCCAGUGACUGGAUUAAAUAUACUUGGUAUGACAAUGGCCAUUAUGGGAGUACUUUGCUAUAAUAAAGCUAAGUACGAUCAGCGGCAGGCUAAAAAGAAGGAGGCACUUCUUCCUAAAUAUAAUAUGUUAAAUCAUAAUGGUACCAACGCCUUCAUGGUAAAUGGCUGGGCCAAUGAUACGCAUCAACUACAUGCAGUCUAGUCUCUCCAAAAUUGUAAUAUACUGUAUACCGACAAAUGUGUUGAGUUUUUCGAUUUCUUUUAUGAGUGACGCAGUUGAGUGAAUCAUUGCUUUAAAAAACAAAACUGAAAAGGGCAAAUGAUUAUGCGUUAACUCUUUUCCGCUCGAUCGUCUGAAAUUCAAUAGACAAUUUAUGAAAACAGAACUUUUAAAGAUAUUUAUUUUUGUGAUUUAAUUCUUCACACAAAUUUUUUUUAUAUUAGACUUGAUCGAAUAUGAGAUCCCGUGAUUCAGUUCUAUUGAUAAUACCGUGUAAUCGAUAUGCAAUUUACUAAUAUGCAUCGAAAGUUACACCUGCUGGCAAGGGUACGAUUCCUGCAUUAAUAUCAUACUUUACUUUGUGUAUAGCUGAUUGCUGGCCCAAUUAGCAUUGAUUGAUCAUCGUUUCACAGUAGCCUGGAUACAUUCUGCACUUGUUCCAUAACAGAUCUGGAAUGGAAAUCGUUAGCGAUCAUCAAUCGGUGAUAAAAUUGCCUCAUUUUUCAUGAUAUGGAUAUGUCAUUUCAUUUUAUCACAUAAUUAAAAAUCAAUGAAGAGUUAGAUUGCAAGAAUCAUUAUUAAGAAGGAUUGUCAUUCGGUCGCGAUAUAUUUUGUUUAGGCGUGCGAGCUAAAGGUACGAAAUUUUUGAUCUCCCAUGAAUAAAAAAAAACAGUUUAACAUCAAGGCAUACCUACUUAAUGAUUGAAUAAUACGAACUAUAAUGACAUACGGACGUAUGGGAGCGAAUGCGGAGAGAGCAUGUGGACUGUGUGCAGGAGGUGUUUUAGCUAAAAAGCAAUCUAUAAUAUAUUUAUUUUUAUAAAUAAACGCAUGCGUACAAAAAUAUAA